GAAAAAAGCACAGUCUCCACUAUUGACCCAAAGGGCUCUGCUGUCUAACGUGCUCUCAUAGUUUCCGGUCGGAGCAUAACACUGGGAACACGACAUGGCGACCUCCUUGCUGCGGUUAGGGCGACUGGGCUCCCUCAAGAGUCUCCAGUUGGAGAGCUCGGGCGUCCUGAGGACUCGCUUGGCUCCGUCGUUCUGCACUCAGGCUGAAGAGCCUACCAAGCCAGCCAAAAAGAAAAAGGCUGCAAGCAAGACAGUGGAGGCUCCAGAUGAGAGAGCAACCUUGCUUGCCUACAAGACAGCAGUUGUCUUCCCACUUAAACUUUCAGAGGCAGGAGUUUUCCCAACACAGUCUCCAGGUGUAACUGAAUCAGCUGCCAUCCCCACUGCCACUGAAGAAGUGAUUACAGUUGCAGCGCCUUUGGCUGUCACCAGUGCACCAGCUGUAGGCGAGCCAGAGGCAUCAGAGGCUCCAGCUGCUUUCUCAGAUGCUGCUCAGGUUAUUGCUGACACAGCUCCACCUGUAGUUGAUGCAGCUCCGCCAACUGCUGAGCCCCUAGUUAAUACAAGCAGUAAAACCUCAGCACCAGAUGAGACUCCUCUUGCAGCCUCCACUACAGAUGACUCCGUCCCAGCUGCCACGGCCCCCUCUGAGCCUAGUGAUGCUGCAGCUGACGGGUCAUCCUCCUCAUCGUCCAGCGACUCGGACUCGGACUUGGACUCGGACUCGGACUCAGACUCAGACUCGGAGUCUGACAACAAGAAGUCAGAAGUGGAGACUCAAACCAAGACCUCACCACCAGAGGUGUCAGAAAACAAGGAGGUCACAUCAGAAGCACAACCUGAAGCUACUGCCGCCUUUGGAGUAUCAGCUGAAGCUGCAAUGAUAAAAGAAGAUGUUGCAUCUCCUGCCAGCCUGGAUGCCCAAGUAGAAACUCCAGCAGAAGAAGCCACAGAGCCUGCUGAAGCCCCUUCUGAAAAUUCUGAAGUGGCGUCAGAGCCUGCAGCUGCUGAAGCCGCCCCUGUAGAAGCAGCUGCAGAGCCUGUAAAAGCUGAAGCUGUCCCCUCUGAAGCAGCUGCCGUUGAUGCUGCAGCUGAAGUUUCUGCCCCCGUGGAGAGCACCGAGGAGCUGGUGGACCCAGCUCCAGUUAUAACUGAAGCCGCCCCUGUAGAAGCUGAAGCUGUCCCAACUGAAGCAGUUGCUGCUGAUGCUGCAGCUGAAGUUUCUGCCCCUGUGGAGAGCACAGAGGAGCUGGUGGACCCAGCUCCAGUUAUAACUGAAGCCGCCCCUGUAGAAGCUGCUGCUGAGUCCGUGGUUGAAGCCACCCCUGUAGAAGCUGCUGUAGAGCCUGUAGAAGCUGAAGCCGCCCCUGUAGAAGCUGCUGCUGAGUCUGUGGUUGAAGCUGCCCCUGUAGAAGCUGAAGCUGUCCCCGCUGAAGCAGCUGCUGAUGCUGCAGCUGAAGUUUCUGCCUCUGUUGAGAGCACAGAGGAGCUGGUGGACCCAGCUCCAGUCAUAGCUGAAGCCGCCCCUGUAGAAGCUGCUGCAGAGCCUGUGCUUGAAGCUGAAGCUGCCCCUGUAGAAGCUGCUGCAGAGCCUGUGCUUGAAGCUGAAGCUGCCCCUGUAGAAGCUGCUGCAGAGCCUGUUGAAGCUGAAGCUGUCCCCACUGAAGCAGCUGCUGACGCUGCAGCUGAAGUUUCUGCCCCAGUGGAGAGCACCGAGGAGCUGGUGGACCCAGCUCCAGUCGUAGCUGAAGCUGCAGGAGAGGAUCUGCAGGCGGACGCUGCGGUUGAACCAUCUGAGGAGGCUACAGCAGUGGCACCUCCAGAGCCUGAUGAGCCCUUUGACAACAGCACUUAUAAAAACUACCAGCAUCACAACUACACCCCCUUCACAUUUGCAGAUCUGGAUGUAGAGAUGGCCAAGUUUCGUCUCCCGCAGCCUUCUUCCAACAGACACUAGAAGAGUUGACCUGGCUGCAAACCUUUAUAUUGCUUAAAGAUGAUGGUGUUUGCUCUUGUCCCUCUUUAUGCUGAUAGUCCCUUCACCUGUCAAAUCAGCUUGAAAAUCUACUGUUAAAAUGUCAUAUUAAAGUACACAAAUGAGAAAUUAA